AUGUUGACUGGAGUAGCUGGUAAAUCUGGGCAUGACUCACAUGUCAACGCGCUUGUCGUCUCCUCAGAUGGGCGGUGGGUAGCGACGGCCUCCGGCGAUUCCACGAUCAUCCUCUGGGAUGCCCGAAAUGCGUGCAUAUCGCAAGAGUGGUUCGCCCACGACAACAGAAAGGUCUGGAACCUCGCAUUCUCACCGGACGGUCAACAACUCGCGUCCGCAGGUGGAGACGGGAAGGUGGCGAUCUGGGACAUCAGCGGCAGCUCGCACCAAGUCACCACCGUCAAGGCCCAGGGUCGCACUGGACGCACUCCCGCAUUCAAUCGCUGGAGCACGCACGUCGCUGUUGGAUAUGAAGAUGGGAAGAUUCGCGUAUGGGACCUAGCGACUAGACAGGGGCCUCUGCUCUGGAAGGCGCACAACUAUGAGGUCAAGGUUAUGGUGUUUUCCCCGGACGAUCUGCUGCUGCUCUCAGCCUCGACAGGCGAGACAGUGAAGAUAUGGAAUGCGCGCACUGGUGACAUGGUCCAGUCGUUCGAAGGACACGAAUCAAGGGUCAACAUGGCACGCUUCUCCCCGUGUGGGAAGUUUGUCGCCUCCGCAUCUGACGACAAGACGGUGAGGGUGUGGAGGACGAACAACGCAUCGUGCUUGGCGACGCUCUCCGACCACGGUGACGAGGUCACGCAUGUUGCGUUUACUCCUGACGGGACAAUGUUGUGGUCUGCAGCGUGCAAUGGAACUGUCUUGGGUCGUCGGCUACAGGACAUCAUUCCGGAUGACAUCAUUUCAUAG